AUGGCUUUGCCACCGAACUCUAGUAAUGGCACGCCCUUGCCUGUCAGCACUACUUCUUCGUUCGGUCCCUCCAUGGCGUUGGGCGUCUCUCUUGCAAGUUUGGGUCCCAAUUCUGUUGGGGCGGGCCAAGCUGGGUCGAUGGGCAGCGUCAAUGCCACCCCGUACAUGUACCAGCCGAUGAUGCAGAUGCCGACGCCUUUUUUCGCGCCGCAAGCACAGGGGCAAAUGCCGUUCAUACCUGGGUUCAACCCCUUUAUGGCCAUGAUGUCACAUGAGAUGCUGCAGUCGCCAGCCAUGAUGGCGUACAUGGCCAAUUUGAGUUCAACCGCAAUGAUGAACCCGACCAGAAGCAUGGCGAAUGGGCCCAUGGCCACCUCUUUUGAGUCAAUGGGUGGACAGCGUCAGCCCAGCCUGGCGAGCCUUGCCGUUCCCUCAACAAGCCAAGCCUCGCAAGAACAGAGCAUUGAUGCCAACGGCGGGGCUCGUUUAGAAGGAGAUGUGACUGACCGAAAGAUGCGUUUUGAGCGGAAUCGUCUCAAGAGUAUCCAAUAUCGUCAGAUGAAGAAGAAGGAGCUCAGUGACAUGAAACAGAGCACUCGCCAAUUGUUUGAGGACUUGUCCCACACUUACGCUCGGGCUUUAGAGGCCAGCAACGUGACUCCGAAGCACGAAGGGGCUACGGACGCCGACCUUGAUCGCGCGCAGCAGCUGAAAAAGUUGUUGAAUGAUCUCAGCAAGGCGGACCAUGCGUGGCUCAGCGCGCCUUACUCAGCACCCUACACACGGCCAGCCCUGCAGACCUCCAAAGAGUUUUUGCCGGAGAACUUUGACUCACUUCCUCCGCGGCAAAAGCAAGCGGUGUCGCGAGAGCGCAACAGACUGAAUUCUGCUUACUAUCGCAAAGAGAAGAAGAAGGAGCAUGCUGCCUAUGAGGCCAUGCUUGAGCGUCUCAUGUCCCUGCAGCAGCCCCUCGAGGCAUGUCGGAAGCUGAUGGGGCUGGAGCAUGCGCCUGCAGUUCAAACCCCUCGUAGUCCGUCUCAGCGCCUGCUGGCUCAGGAGUCUGAUCGGAACUCGUCCAGGGGUUCGGCCAGUGACUCGCGCACGACAUCGAGGGUGUCCACGGCUUUCGACGCACCCCACCAUGAUUCGCCUGCGCUACCCGUUCACAGCUCGGGUAAACGGGGAUCCAACGCUGCUAGCAAGUCGAAGCACUGUGAGGCCAAGGUCAUGGAUGAGCAGACAGCCGAGGAUACGGCGCAAGACACCCCGUCUCCAUCACCCAAGCGCAGCAAGCGGCCUGCCAAGGCUUAGACAGGGCAUGGCACCAAGCGCGUACGACUGAGCUUGCUCGAUUCCCAUGUCCAAGAUCAAGGAGAAGAUUGUGCUAUGAGCGCUGCUGGGCAGUGCAUUGCGGGCAACCUUUUUGCGUCGGAAUUAGGGACUAUGGCAUGCUGCUCGAGCGUGGUCAUCGGGGCCUGGCGUACUGGCCGGUAACCUUUUCGUAUUCAUUCAGGGACACGUGCGUUCCCGUGCGCGCGAGCGUCGAAGCGGCUUGAGGAUGGCGGAUCGGCGCUUGGAUCGUCGAGGCUCUUCCUCCAACUGGCUCGACUUGUUUGUUUUUAGUUGAAAUAUCCAAACGUUG